UCAGACACAGAUUACAUGGGAACAAUUAAGCAUACGAAAGCCGUCGAGUGAAAAAUAGCAAGCACCUGCAGCGAGAAGAAAACAGAGAUCAGCUGGUGGUCUUACGUGUUUGCAGUAAUUGGAUUUAUUGAAAAAAGAGAAUACAGAACAUAGAGAAGAUGAGCAGGGGAGGAGGAUCAAAAGAUGUCCCCGGAAUGUCAAUGAUGUCAUUUGUUUCCCAGGAUGAAAUUGACAGCACCAGGAAAAAACGACAAGAGGAAUGGGAAAAAACAAGGACAGAAGAUCAACCUCUGGAAUGUCCGGAGGAAGUUGUGGAUAACAGAUCUCUGUUUGAGAAACUACAGGAACAGAAAAUGAGACAAGAAGAGGAAUAUGAGGAAACACAUAAGUUGAAGAACAGCGUCAAGGGUUUAGAUGAGGAUGAGGCUGGAUUUCUGGAGUAUGUAUCAAAGAAUCAAAUUGACAUCUUAAAGGCAAGAUACAAAGAAGAAAAAGACAUCUUAAAAGAAAUUGAAGAUGCAUCAGUUACCAAGGUAACAGAAGGGAAGAUGUCCGACGAUAGAAAAAUUUCAGCCAAACCUCAGAUUGGUGCUGCACAAAACAAAAAAUCUCAGAUGUCACUUUUAGCUGGAGCCGUCAAACGGAAGGGGUCCGACUCUGUUGACGAUGGCAAGAAGAGGAAACUAUCUCCUGAUGAUGACCCUGCGACAGAUUCACCAGCCCCUGUGUUGAACGGUGGAUGUGAUACUGCUAGAAUUAUUGGUAUUCUCCCAGGACUUGGUGCAUACAAUAACGAUUCAAGUGACUCUUGCUCAUCAAGUGAUGACUCUGAAAUUGACCUCAGACUUACAGCACAGAAGAAAUAUGUGGUGGUGGAAAAUGAAUGAUUGUAUAUAGUAUUUCAUAUCACGACGGACGAGUUUGGCAAACUGAAAAAUGUAUUGUAAUAAACAAUAAUGAUUGUAUUAUU